AUGAGUCCAAAUUCGCCAAGGAUCGACCAUCCUUCCAUUGCUGUGAACAUGUCCGCUGGAGACAGCUCCAGGUUCGGGAACCAACAUUUUCUCCUCAUCAACAAGACGCUGAUCAACGUCCAGAUACGUGAGCCCUACAGAGACAACCAGCGCAACGAACUGCUUUACGUCAUCGUGGUCAUCGUCUUCUACGCCACGGCCCUAAUGACCCUCAUUAUCUCACAGAUCAAACGGCAGCGACGCGAUGGCUCCGAGAUCGACUAUUACGACGAGUAUCUACAGAGGAACUCAGAGGUGAAGCACACCUGCCAGAUCGCUUCCAGUAUCGUGGCUCGCCAGAAGAAAAAACCGCCACCAGCUGUGGCUACAGCUGCGUUUGCUGCCGCGGCCACGGGAACAGUUUUAGGGCAGAUUCCAUUGAGGCACGAUGACACUAAUGAAAGAUCCUCCAACGACGAGGGGAUGCCCAACGGGGAGACUGACACUGCUGAAGUGAUGCCGAAUCACGGGGCGUCUGGGUCAACGGGUGCUCUUGGGUCAAGGAUUCUGUGUACUAGAGAGAAAUCUCCUAUCUUGGAGAGCAUCCCCGACACUGAGAACUGA